UGGCGCGAGCGCGCGUGCGCAACGCGGGCAGAGGGCGGCAUGUCGGCGCUGCGCUGGGGCCGCGGUGCGGCUGAACUCGGGAGGACGCUGCGCUGCUCCGGUCGCCCUCGCCCGGGGACCGAGGAAGGAACCCUUGGUGGCCUCUGGGGUCCACGAAGGAGCUCAUCUAUCAGUCUCUGUGAGCAAGAUGGCCAGAAGGACUGGGGACAUGCCGAGCUCUUGGAAGUGCUGGAGGCCCGUGUGCGGCAGCUGCAGACAGAGAGCGUGGUGGACACGAACACCAAGAGGGUGCAGGGGGCUCAGCCCCUGCAGGGCCAUGUCUGUAGCCACUGGGAGAAGAAGUUGGAAGCCGAGAGGCAUGGGCUGCAGCAGCGGCAGGAAGUCCUGCAGGGCAAGCGCCCCGUUGGGCUGCAGUCCCUGACCCUGCGCCUGGAGCCCCGCAUCUGGAGCAAGAAGCUGGCUGGCUGCCUGCAGCAUGCCAAGCCUGAGGCCCCAGGGAACCCCUCAAAGGAGCAGCUGGCUCGGGCCUUGCAGGCCGCCCUGCAGAAGCUGGGUACGCAGGAGGCACGUCAGCCUGUCAGGCCAAAGGCAGUGGAGACACACAUCCUCCUCCUGGGGCAGAGACUCAUGCACUUUCUCCAGUGUUGCCUGGUCACUGGCCACCUGCCCCUUGCCCACCAUGUGCUGGUCACUCACCACAGCAAACGGGACAAACAACAGCUGCUAACCCUGGACAUGUACAACACGGUGAUGCUCGGCUGGGCCCGCAAGGGUGCCUUCAAGGAGCUGGUGUAUGUAUUUGUGAUGCUAAAGGACUCGGGCCUAUCCCCCAACCUGCAGUCCUAUGCAGCUGCACUCCAGUGCAUGGGCCGAGGGGACCAGGAUGUCCACAUCAUCCAAAGGUGUGUGAAGCAGAUGGUGCGGGAAGGAUUUCAACUGGAGCAGCUCUUCACGGACCUGGCCCUGUCUGAAGAGGAGCGGGCUGUGCUCCUGAGGGCCCUUGUGAAGGUUGAGCCCGCCUUCAGUCCUCCAGUGCAGGCCCCAACCCCCACCAACACUUCCCCACUGCUGAGGGAGAUCUAUGCCAAGCAGGACAUCCCCGUGUCCUACCCAAAGCUGCACCUGCCCCUGGAGACGCUGCAACGCCUCUUCCAGCAGCAGCUGCAGGUGGAGUUGAGUACCAAUGUGAGAGUGCAGUCGGUGGAGAAGGCCCCACAGAUGACCAAAGAGGUCACUGAGGCGCGGAAGAUCUUGCAGAGCCUGCGUACACAGUGGGAGGCAGAGCUGCUCCGAGCACUACAGCAGACCAAGGCCACUAUGGCCAGUGAGGCACAUGAUGGGCUGCCCACCCUCUACCCCUUCCUCUGCCUACUCAGUGAGGAGGAGCUUGUGAGUGUGCUGAUGCAGGUCCUGCAGGCACUGCCCCCACAGGGUCAGCCCCUCCUCUUCUUAGCACACAACCUGGGCCUGCGGGUCCUGAACCGGCACUUGGUGCAACAGAAGCAGGGAGGCAGCUAUGUGCAGGAGCUGAGCCAGCACUACUCGAAGUACCUGCAGCUGCUGGCAGCAAACACACAGGUGUCGUCAUCCUACCUGCCACGGCAGUACUGGGAGGCACUGGGCCCACCCCAGGCCCCGCAGCAGCAGCCCUGGGCCCUGGCAGUGGUGCUGCAGUUGGGCAAAGAGCUGGCAGAGCUGCUGGUGCGGGCUGUGCAGAUGCCUCGCAGCCUGGCCGCCCCUCAGGGCGCUUGCCGCCUCAUCCCAGUGCUGUACCACGUUUAUUCCUUCCGCAGCGUCCGCCAGGUUGGCAUCCUGAAACCACACCCAGCCUUCACGCAGCUGCUGGAGAUGGCAGCAGAGCCCACACUGACUUUUGAGACAACAGAGGUGCCUAUGCUCUGCCCACCCCUGCCAUGGACAUCCCCACACUCUGGUGCCUACCUGCUGAGCUCCACCAAACUCAUGCGUGCCAUGGAGGGCACCACACAGCACCAGCACCUGCUGGAGCAAUGCCCGCCCGAGCAGCUGCAUGGUGCCCUAGAUGCGCUCACACAGCUGGGCAACUGUGCCUGGCGAGUCAAUGUGCGUGUGCUGGAUCUAGUGCUGGAAAUCUUCAGGGCCAAGGGCUGUGUGCGCCUGGGGGUGCCACCCCCGCGCUCUGAGGCACCCCAGCCCUUGCAGCCUCGGCCACCACCUGACUCCUCACCGGUACACAAGGCAGAGCUGCGCAAGGAGAUGGCACGCUGCCUGAAGGCAGCCCGGGAGAUGCACAGUCUGCGCAGCGAGGCCCUGUACCGCCUGUCACUGGCGCAGCACCUGCGCCACCAUGUCUUCUGGCUGCCACACAAUAUGGACUUCCGAGGCCGCACCUACCCCUGUCCACCCUAUUUCAACCACUUGGGCAGCGACCUGGCCCGGGCCCUGCUGGAGUUCGCUGAGGGCCGGCCACUGGGGCCUCAUGGCCUGGACUGGCUCAAGAUUCACCUGGUCAACCUGACUGGCCUCAAGAAGCGGGAGUCACUGCAUGGGCGCCUGGCUUUCGCUGACCAGGUUAUGGAGGACAUCUUGGACUCUGCUGACCAUCCCAUGACGGGCCGGAAGUGGUGGAUGGAGGCCGACGAGCCCUGGCAGACCUUGGCCUGCUGCAUGGAGGUGGCACAGGCUGUGCGGGCCCCAGAUCCUGCCGCCUACAUUUCCCACCUCCCAGUUCACCAGGAUGGCUCCUGCAAUGGCUUGCAGCAUUACGCAGCCCUGGGCCGAGACAGCAUAGGCGCAGCAUCAGUCAACCUCAUACCCUCAGAUCUGCCACAGGACGUGUACAGGGAGGUGGCAGCACAGGUGGAGGAGUCCCGGCGGCAGGAUGCUGAAGAGGGCCUGAGAGUGGCUCAGGUGCUGGAAGGUUUUAUCAGCCGCAAGGUGGUCAAGCAGACAGUCAUGACUGUGGUCUAUGGGGUCACACGCUACGGCGGCCGCCUGCAGAUAGAGAAGCGCUUGCGAGAACUCAGUGACUUCCCCCAGGAGUACAUCUGGGAGGCCUCUCACUAUCUGGUACGCCAAGUCUUCAAAAGCCUUCAGGAAAUGUUUUCCAGCACUCGAGCCAUCCAGCAUUGGCUGACUGAGAGUGCCAACCUCAUCUCCCAUGCAGGCUGGCCCGUGGAGUGGGUCACGCCCUUGGGCAUCCCCAUCAUACAGCCCUAUCACCGUGAGGCCAAGGUCCAGGUUAAAGGCGGGAUCCAGAGCCUCACCUUUACCAGCUCCGUGGACACAAACCAGAAGCCCAACACUUUGAAGCAGAAGAAUGGGUUCCCACCCAACUUCAUCCACUCCCUGGACUCGUCCCACAUGAUGCUGACUGCCCUGCAUUGCUACAGGAAGGGCCUGACGUUUGUCUCUGUGCAUGAUUGCUUCUGGACGCAUGCAGCUGACAUCCCUGUGAUGAACAAGGUUUGCCGAGAGCAGUUCGUGCGUCUGCACAGUCAACCAAUCCUGGAGGAACUGGCUGAGUUCCUGUGGGUUCGCUUCUGCUCUGGGGCCAGCGCCAGGUCCCUGAAGCGCUCAGAUCUCGCCCUGAUCGCCAAGCUGCAGGAGACACUGCAGUCUCUACCCGAGACAGGCACGUUUGACCUGAGCCAGGUGAUGGGGUCCACCUACUUCUUCAGCUGAACCUCAGCACUCUGGCCUGUGCAUAGUGUAAAUACACAAUAAAAUGUGGGCGCGCGCCAAGCAA